AUGACGACGGGCUCGACGAUUCCGUCGAAGCGAAAAACUCUAGGCCUUAUCACAGCCAACCUCUUGCCGUUGCCCGGGGAAAAGACGGACCUGGGCUCGACGGACAACAGCCCCGUGUUGGCGGACACUUCGGAGACGCAAAACUACCUGGUGUGCAUUGCUCGUCGGAUCCCGCCGGCCGAGAAGAACCAGGGCCCCAUGGUGGAGCAGUUCACGACGAAGCUGGACCUGCGCUGGAAAAUCGUCAAUGUGGACACGUCCGGAGUGUCUUCGUCGUAUUCCCAACACCUCAACAAGGAAAUGGUUGGACGCGUGUUUCAAGAGCUGUGUCAUCAGGGAGACACUCACAAGAUGGCCGCGUUUGUGAAGGAGGUCAUGACCCAGGGGGUCGCCACGUCUGUGAUCUAC